AUGGCAUAUUAUUUGUUAAAACUAACCUUGCUAACAGCCACUAAUGGAAGAGAAUCUCUUUUAGCUUCUCUUCCUCCCUUCUCCCCACGUGGCUCGAAGCCUCCAUUCUCAUAUGCCCAAUUGAUCGCUCAAGCCUUAGCAAGUCAUCCAGAUCGGCAGUUGACGCUCAGCAGCAUCUACGCCUUUAUUAGUCAUCAUUACCCUUACUAUAGGUUAAACGAAAAAGGUUGGCAAAAUUCAAUUCGUCACAAUCUAUCUUUGAAUCGUCACUUCAUCAAAGUGAGUUACUUUGUUGUCUAUUGUCUUUUUAUUUUCCCGCCAAAUAUUUUCCCAUCUUCAUUAGAACAGAUUGUCUACGUGCCGCGUUCGCAGGAAGAUCCCGGGAAGGGUUCAUUCUGGCGUAUUGAUCCACUACACGAAGCCAAAUUCCUCAGUCAAGCCUAUUUAAAGCGACCGCUACGUGUAAACACCCUACCUUCCCCUCUUGUUGGCUCAGAAUUCGGCCUUUUGACCACAGUUCAAUCUCACCAGAUGUCUCCUGUUGCAUACUCGAGCCCUACUUUGCUCAACACAUCUGUAACCACCUCUCACACCACCACUGCUGUUGGCGUCACCUCUGUCUCCCCUUCAAUCUCCCAGACAACUGCUAGCCUCUCACCGAGCUUAAAUAGCAGUAAUGUUUCUGCUGUUUCCAACGCUUCUUUACCUUCCUUUAAUAGAGGUGUCAACAGCAAUUCGGUUGUGCCAUGCCAAAUGAGCAGCUUGACCAAUGGUUCUUGCCACCUUACGGCAAUAUCAUCGGGUCUUUCUAGCCUGAGUCGUAAACAAUUGAAUCUACCGGUGCUUGGCACCCACUCUCGUCCAAUAGGUGGCCUCUCAACUACUCUACAUCGACAGCUUAUAGGUAUGUCUUCGAGCUCUUUUUCACCUUCUAUCAUCGGUAUCUCCGCUUCUACGGAGCAUUCGGCCUCACCUUCUCCGUCUCCAUCACCAUCACCAUCUUCUACUCCUGAUUCUACUAGCAAUCUAACAGGGAUUCAAACGACCACCUCUUCACUCGCUUCGGCCCCUCAAUCUACGAGCUUGUCUGGUCUUGCUUGCCCUGCCGCCUCGAUGCUGCUUCCUUCCGGGCCACCAGGAGCCCGUUUCACUGGACCUUCUGCCGUACGUCUUAUUCAGCUUAACUGUUCCACUUCCUCCGCUAUUGGAAGUAGCGGCUUCCUCCAAGGAGAUGCUUCGAAUGGGUGCAUUUUUUCAUCCUCUUCAUCUCCAACCCCCAUCAUUUCUGCGUUUUCUCUCGUCAACACUGCUGUUACAACAACCUCUCCAUCCAUUGCUCCAAUAAGUAUUCUUCCCACCGCUUGUUCUGGAAGUACGGGGCUGAAUAUAUGGACCCAUAGUCAACCGGUUUUUUCUAUUCGUGCCGAUCCCUUACCGUCGACAACAGCUGUAAGUGCUUCACCUAUUGUGGUGGGUUCUGGAUAUCCGAGGUCAACUGGAUUAUCAUCGUCUCUACGUUUUGAGCGGAUGCCUGACUUGGGUAACCACUUAAAAAUUUUAGCCAACCAAAAAUAUCAAUCUCUGGUUAAUUGA